UCCCUCUCUCAACACGAGAAUUGAUCAUCCUUUUAAAACCCCCAAAACCCUGCAAACGAAGCAAAACAUCUCUUUCUACAACAUUCUCUCUCUCUCUCUCUCUAACUACGACCUCCAAUUGCUUGCAAAAUAACUGUAUCUGAUUCCUAGCUGCAAUGGCGACAAGGCUUGCUGCAAGAUAUGUACCCCGUAGGCUCAUGAGCAAAGGUAAAGUUCUUGGUGAGGAGGAAAAGGCUGCAGAGAAUGUCUACAUUAAGAAAAUCGAGCAAGAGAAGAUGGAGAAGCUUGCUCGCAAGGGGCCUAAACCAGAGGAUAAACCACCGACGGCAAAUGAUGUUAAGACCAAGGCAACUGAUGUUAAGACUAGCGAUCCAGCUUCCUCAACAUCUGGGGUAUCAACCGACAAGUACAGAAACUUUGCAGUUGCAGCUGCCUUGGUGACUGGCUUGGGUUCUCUGGGCUGGUACCUCUCAUCCAGGAAGAAGAAGACCGAAGAAGUGCAUAACUAAUGUUGAAACUGCUUUGGAUAAUCUGACUUUUGUGGUGCCUGAAAUGGUUGCUUCCAUAUCAUGGCUUCCUUAUGGUAGUUACAAAUAAGUAAAUAGCAUAUGUUGGAGACAGUGACACUGUCUUUCUCCCUCAAUUACAUCAUCUGGUUUUAGCUGGAGAUCAGAUAGUUUUUUUUUAGUUUAUCCACUGUUCUAUCGGAGUUGAACCAAUCUGUUUUGAUCCGGGUUACAAUUUAUGCUCGAUAGAUAGAAUUCUCUCCC